CAGGAUGCUCUGAAGAUCGCAAUAUCGGGAUUCCCGAGUAGUGAAGAGUAAGCCGCCGCUUACUGGAUCUCCUCGGACCAGGAAGGCAGAAAAGCAUAUUCUCUCUCCGUCGAAAAAUCCUUGCAGAAGAAUUGGAACUCCUUCUCCUUCUUCUUCUCCUAUUCUUCCUUUGUUAACAAUGGCGAAUGCCGAUAUUCUGAAGAUAGAGGAGGAGCUCGUGCGUUUCUCCAUCUUUGACCUGCCCGCAGGCGAGGGCGUGAAAUCGCGCGGGCAGUUGAUUGAAAGGAAGAUUGAAGCUUUGGAGAAGUUGGCUGGCAAGGUUAGCAAUCGGAGAUCCCGUCGAUGGUUAAAUGAUCGCUUACUGAUAGAGCUGGUUCCACGCCUGAAAGUCGAGGAAAUAAGAGGCUUGUUUGCUCCACCUCCUUGGGGUGAAAGUACUCCUCUAUCAGCAUUUUGCAUGACAAAUGUUGGAGAAUGGGAUGUAUUCAGGAACAUUGAUAUGGAUAAAGAGGCAAGGUUGAUAGAAGCACUUGAGAAGACUCUCUCAAGUAGAAGAGAAAGUGUUGAGAAAGAUAAGUUGGUGGCUUUGAAUGCAUGGUACCGAGUGGAUUGUCGAUCUCGGGAGGCAUUUAGGCACAAUUUGCUCUCAGAAUUGGUUGAGAACUAUGAGGAGCAAAUACAAGCAUUCAUUAAGAAUAGAGGUGAUGAAGAUGUCCUCAAACUGCAUGUUCAGAAUCCUUUUCACAGAUUAUUGCUGCAUGGCGUAUGCGAGUAUUAUAAUCUGAUCUCUGCUACAGCAACAACAAAAAAUUCCAACCUGUUGAAGGUGACGAAAAUUAGGAAGAAGGCAGGAUCUAAGCAAACCUACCCAGCAAUCAGUCUCUCCCAGUUUUUGAAAAUUUCAAAAAAUGGUUCCCUGUAAGAAUUAAAUUGAAAUUCAGCAAGCUUUCAAGGUUUAUAAUCCAAUGAAUAAACCUUGAAAUUAAUUAGAAUAAAAGGAAUAUGCAUCCUAUAAACCUGCAAUGUACAAAUUCACAUUUGGCUCCAAGGUACUUUUGUAAUGUAUAUUAUGUAGCAUGUAAAUUAUGCCUUCAUCAUUCUAUUUAUACAUGAUACUCAUCAAAUAAUCUUGUUCUGGUUCACAUCUAA